GACUUAAUAAACGAAAAUGGACUAGCAAAUACUUUCCUUAUGUGAGCUAACGUAUAAAUUAUAGCUUGGUAAUUUUUCAUUGACUAAGACUUUUGUGUGCACUGUAACGUGUUGAGAUCGCCUUGUUCCGGGCCAUUUCCUGUUAACAGAAGAAGAGAAUUAGCCAUGUCUGACUGUGGGGAUAUGGAUGGGUGCGACUGUGAUUGCGGGGACGAUUGCUGUGAUUCUGGUUGCUUUAGUUGCGAUGAUGACGGAUGUUGCGGAAGUGACGGCACGUGUUGCGGGGACGAUCAUGUUCAUGGUAACGAUAAUGUAAGUGUUGACGGCAGUAGACAUGGGGGAGGAUGUAACUGGUGCAUAUGUUUUCUGGUAUCGGAAGAUGACAGUUGUUGUGACAGUGAAGAUCGCCGAAGACGAAGAAAUCAGAGGAGAUACGAAUUGGAACGCAGACGUCACAUGGAGGUUAAAGGACAAAACACAAUGAACCUUCCGAGUGCCGCCGAUGGUGUAAACCCGGCGGAUCCAGCUUAUUCUACGCUACACACCGUUGAUCAGGAACCAGAGACGCCACAACCAUCAGAGACUGAGAAUAUUUCACCAGCAGCAAUUACGGCUCAACCGCCAUCUUAUGACGAGGUUAUACAUAAAGACACUGUUGUUACGUCACAACCUGUGUAGAACGAUACUUUGAAUAACCGACUUUUGCAAUAUUAAACAUUUUAUUAAAAGGGG